CACACACACACACACACACACACACACACUAGCUACAGCUGUAUCCGUGGGGCCUUCACACUCACAAACAUCGAGUCAACAACCAUGUCCGCCCCAGGUGCAGAAGGUUCCGCAGGGAUGUCGGGGAGUAACCGCAGACUGCAGCAGACGCAGGCGCAGGUGGAUGAGGUGGUGGACAUCAUGAGAGUGAAUGUUGAUAAGGUCCUGGAACGAGACCAGAAGCUCUCUGAGCUGGAUGAUCGCGCUGAUGCCCUGCAGGCGGGUGCUUCCCAGUUUGAGACAAGUGCUGCCAAACUCAAGAGGAAGUACUGGUGGAAGAACUGCAAGAUGUGGGCCAUUUUAAUAGCUGUGAUUGUGAUCAUCAUUAUCAUCAUCAUAGUCUGGGCGACGCAGUCAUAAAGACGCAGAAUACAGAGAGAGAAAACUGGUUAUGAUUGGAGGAAAAGAUGAAAAUAUGAAGGAGUGUCAACUUGGGAAUGAAAGAAAAAGAUAAAGAAUGAAUGUUCUUUCAAGAUGUACUAACCUGCUGAUUUUCAAAAGCAUAUUUUGUAAACUAUUCUCAGUAGUUUUUUUCCUCUUAAAUUUUGGUUUUAAUGACUAUGAUUUGAAUGUGUUCCUAAAUGCUUAUCAUUUUCCAAAUACAGCUAACAUUUUUCAAAGACACACUCCUGUCUUAUAAAAACCAUAGAACAAUGACAAACCUCGGACAGUAUCAAAGUUACAAAUGGUCCAAAACCUUGUGGUAAUAUGAGAUAUUCUCUCCUCAGUUGAGGGCCAAAACAUGUUCACCAAAACUCUUGCAGUGAAGGUCUUUUGCUUACAUCACUUCUUAUCGAUGAAUCGCUUACGGGCUCUGGAAAUCAAAUCCUUUUCACUUAGUUGCCUCUGAGUCCUUCAGUGCCAACAAGAUAUAAAGCCUUUUCUGAACAACCACAGAAGUGCUGUGGAAUGCCAGCAGUGCCUUUAGACAACUACACUGCCAGACUAAUCUAUCACAAAAACAGAGAAAUUCACUCUGAUUUUUACUAAGCACAUCUGCACAAAUAAAUGGUAUUUAAGCAUUUGACAGAUGAUGGAAUAAAAGUUUCAUUCAUUAAUUAUUUAACUGCAUUAUAUAUGUAUUAUUGCCAUAUGUAGAAAUAGUCUGACAAACAUGAUCUUUGCUUAAUUAAAUUUCAGUAGUACAUCGCACAAAUAGUGAAUGGAAUUCUUAAUGUUUUUUUACUCACAGUGCCAAAACAAUUUAUGUUUAUGCGAGCUUUUUGUAUGUAUCCCAUUGGAUGUCUCACGUGUGCAAAUUGUAAACAAGUGCAAUUAUAUACUGUGGCCUUGCAAACUGUUAAGUCUGUUGAAUUGCCAAUGUUGGCUCAAUAAAACUUGGAUUUAACAUCA